CGCAGCUGGUUUAUCUACAGACACACAGCCACCAUGGAGCUGCGUCUCUCUGUCUGCGUCCUGCUGCUACUUUGUGCUGCAAAAACAUCAAAUGGAGGGAAGAUUUUGGUGUGGUACACUGAGGCCAGUCACUGGCUCAACAUGAAGCCGGUACUGGAGACACUGGUGGACAGAGGGCACCAGGUGACGGUCCUGGUCCCAAGCGCGUCGAUGUUCAUGAACAGCAGCGAACCGUCUCGCUUCCAGUACGAACCCUUUGACGUUGACGUUUCAGUGAAAGAUAUAGAAAAGUGUUUUGAUGAUCUUCUUCACUUCGCCAUUUAUGAGAUGGAUUUUAUGAACCCCAUUCAGAUUUACAUGAAAUUUAUAGAUUUAACAAAGAACAACAUGAAAAUUUCUUUAAAGUUUUUGGAUGGCGUGUUGAAAUCAGAAAACAUCAUGAAGAAGCUGAAGGAGGGAAACUACGAUGUGCUAUUUGCUGAUCCGAUCUACCCUGGCUACGACCUGACAGCAGACAUCCUGGGAAUUCCUUUUGUUCUUUCUUUGCGUUUUUCCUUGGCUCAUCACUGGGAGAGGAUGUGUGGUCAGCUUCCUGCUCCACCGUCCUUUGUUCCAGCUGCUAUGAGCAAACUCACAGACAAGAUGGACUUCUCAAAGAGACUGUUCAACUUCCUCUUCUAUGCUCUGCAGGACGUUGUAAUAAACCAGUUCAUGUUGAAAGAUAUUGACAAAUAUUACUCUGAAAUCAAAGGAACACCCAUUACCCACUGCAAGAUGCUGGGAAAGGCGGAUAUCUGGCUGCUGAGAACCUACUGGGAUUUUGAUUUUCCUCGUCCACUCCUCCCCAACUUUAAAUUUGUUGGAGGGAUUCACUGCAAACCAGCUAAAGCUUUACCAAAGGAAAUGGAAAAGUUUGUCCAAAGCUCAGGAGAUGCUGGGAUUGUUGUCUUCUCUUUAGGAUCAAUGGUUAAGAACCUCACUACAGCAAAAGCGAACAUGAUCGCCUCAGCGCUCGCUCAGCUUCCACAAAAGGUGCUGUGGAGAUACAGUGGCCAGAAACCCCAGACUCUGGGUUCAAACACCAGAAUAUACGACUGGAUCCCACAGAACGACCUGCUGGGUCACCCUAAAACAAAAGUUUUCAUCACUCAUGGUGGAGCAAACGGGAUCUAUGAGGCCAUCUACCACGGCGUUCCCAUGGUGGGAAUCCCCAUGUUUGCUGACCAGCCAGAGAACCUGGUGCACAUGGAGGCCAAAGGAGCUGCAGUUAGUGUUCAAUUUAACUUUAUGACAAAUGAGAGCCUCAGAGAUGCCGUAAACAUGGUCAUCAAUAACAAAUCCUACAAAGAAAAUGCAAUGCGACUGUCCAAAAUCCACCAUGACAGACCCAUGAGUCCUCGAGACGAGGCCGUCUUCUGGAUCGAGUUCACCAUGAGGAACAAAGGAGCCAAACACCUGAGGGUCCAGGCCCACGAACUCACCUGGUACCAGUACCACAGCCUGGACGUCCUAGCCUUGUUCCUUGUUAUAGAUCUGCUUCUCAUCUUCAUCCUCUUCAAGAGCUGCAGAUUCUGUUUCAAGAGAUGCUGGGGCAAAAAAAAGGCAAAAAGAAAAACUGAAUGAAAAAACAGAAGUGCGUUUUCCUGUUGUUUUUUUCCAAACUGAAUAUGAAUUUAUGUUUGGUGUAGCUACACCAAACAUAAAUUCAGCUCUGAAACUUUUUUGUUUCAGAGCUGAAACAUUAUUAAUUACAAAAAAAGUGUUUAUUAGCAAAUGUAGGAGUUUUCUUCCUACAUGUGUUUAAGAAUGUACAUGUAUUAUGUUUUUUUGUACUAUACUGUACUCUGAUCUGAUCAUUAAAAAGUGAUAUA